CAGCCAUGGCCGACGAGACCCCCAGGAAAGGCGCCCUGUCGGCGCUCGUCGGGCACACCAACGGCCUCACCAAACCCGCGUCCCUCGCCGCGGCCGCCGUCUCCUCCAAGCCGGGCGGGGGCAGCGGCGGCGGCGGCUCCAAGAAACUAGUGAUCAAGAAUUUCCGAGACAGACCUAAGUUGCCCGAUAACUACACUCAGGACACCUGGCAGAAGCUUCACGAGGCAGUGAAAGCCAUACAAAGUAGUACCUCCAUCAGAUACAACCUGGAAGAGCUCUACCAGGCUGUUGAAAAUCUCUGUUCUCACAGAGUUUCCCCAACACUCUACAAACAGCUUCGGCAGGUCUGUGAAGAUCAUGUCCAAGCACAGAUCCUUCAGUUUAGAGAAGACUCACUAGAUAGUGUUUUAUUUUUAAAGAAGAUUAACACAUGCUGGCAAGAUCAUUGCAGACAAAUGAUCAUGAUCAGAAGUAUUUUCCUGUUUUUGGAUCGCACUUACGUCCUUCAGAAUUCCAUGCUUCCUUCUAUCUGGGAUAUGGGAUUAGAACUUUUUAGAAACCAUAUCAUCAGUGAUAAAAUGGUUCAGAGUAAAAGUAUUGAUGGAAUUCUGCUGUUAAUUGAACGAGAGAGAAAUGGCGAGGCAGUGGAUCGCAGUUUAUUGAGAAGUCUGCUGAGUAUGCUGUCUGACCUUCAGGUGUAUAAAGAUUCAUUUGAACUGAAAUUUUUGGAAGAAACUAAUUGUUUAUAUGCUGCAGAAGGCCAGAGAUUAAUGCAAGAAAGAGAGGUUCCAGAAUAUCUUAACCAUGUAAGUAAGCGUUUAGAGGAAGAAGGAGACCGAGUAAUCACGUAUUUAGACCACAGCACACAGAAACCACUGAUUGCUUGUGUGGAGAAGCAGCUCUUAGGAGAACAUUUAACAGCAAUUCUGCACAAAGGGCUGGACCACCUGCUUGAUGAGAACAGAGUGCCCGACCUCACUCAGAUGUACCAGCUGUUCAGCCGUGUGAAGGGCGGGCAGCAGAUCCUGCUGCAGCACUGGAGUGACUACAUCAAGACUUUUGGGACAACAAUUGUGAUCAAUCCUGAAAAAGACAAAGAUAUGGUACAGGAUCUGCUGGAUUUUAAGGAUCGGGUGGACCAUGUGAUAGAAGUGUGCUUCCAGAGAAACGAGAAGUUCAUCAACUUGAUGAAGGAAUCCUUUGAAACGUUUAUCAACAAGAGGCCAAAUAAGCCCGCGGAGCUGAUAGCAAAGCACGUUGAUUCAAAGUUGAGAGCGGGUAAUAAAGAAGCCACAGACGAAGAGCUGGAGAGGAUUCUUGACAAGGUCAUGAUAAUAUUCAGGUUCAUUCACGGGAAAGAUGUCUUUGAAGCAUUUUAUAAAAAAGAUUUGGCCAAAAGACUCCUGGUUGGGAAAAGCGCCUCAGUAGAUGCUGAGAAAUCGAUGUUGUCAAAACUAAAGCAUGAGUGUGGCGCUGCUUUCACCAGCAAGCUGGAAGGCAUGUUCAAGGACAUGGAGCUCUCCAAGGACAUCAUGGUCCAGUUCAAGCAGUAUAUGCAGAAUCAGAGUGACCCGGGCUCUAUAGAUCUAACAGUGAACAUACUUACGAUGGGUUACUGGCCCACAUACACGCCUAUGGAAGUGCAUUUAACUCCAGAAAUGGUUAAACUUCAGGAAGUAUUUAAGACAUUUUAUCUCGGAAAGCACAGUGGUCGAAAACUUCAGUGGCAAACUACAUUGGGGCAUGCUGUUUUAAAAGCAGAGUUUAAGGAAGGAAAGAAGGAGUUCCAAGUGUCCCUCUUCCAGACGCUGGUGCUUCUCAUGUUCAACGAAGGGGACGGGUUCAGCUUUGAAGAAAUAAAAAUGGCCACAGGGAUAGAGGACGGCGAACUGCGAAGGACACUUCAGUCCCUGGCCUGUGGGAAGGCACGAGUUCUGCUUAAAAGUCCCAAAGGGAAGGAGGUGGAAGACGGGGACGCGUUCACGUUCAAUGGGGAGUUCAAGCACAAGUUGUUUCGGAUAAAGAUCAACCAGAUCCAGAUGAAGGAAACCGUGGAAGAACAAGUCAGCACCACUGAGCGCGUGUUUCAGGACAGACAGUAUCAGAUUGAUGCUGCUAUUGUCAGAAUAAUGAAGAUGAGAAAGACUCUUGGUCAUAAUCUUCUAGUUUCUGAACUGUAUAAUCAGCUGAAAUUUCCAGUAAAGCCUGGAGAUUUGAAAAAGAGAAUUGAAUCUCUUAUAGACAGAGACUAUAUGGAGAGAGACAAGGACAAUCCGAAUCAGUACCACUACGUGGCCUGAUGUGUCGGCCCGCUCUUCUCUCAGCGAGACGCUAGAAUGUAUCUUCAGAGCAGUGAAGCACUUCGUGCUGUUUCCAGGACUUCUGACACUGAGCCAGCACGGAGACUUUGGGAUUCGAAGGAAAAGAGAUGAUUCUUGCAUCACCCUUCACAAACUUUAAGGGUUUGCAAACGGCGUAUGUGUCUUUCCCUCCAGUCCUUCCUCUUAACUCUCUUUGGUGUUUAAAUAGUUUCUGUUGCUCUGUUGCAGAAUGACUUUGAGAUUGGACAAGAAGCUAUUGGUUAAAAGAGUGUCCUUUGUAAGAUGGUGCUCUUGGGGCAGAAAGCUGAAGGUUUGGUGUGGUGCGUGUGUGUGAUCAUGAAUGCACAGCUGAAAAGACCCCCCGUGCUGCGUUCGCGGCUGCAGAGGUG